AAUGCGUAAAUAAGUUGAUCAAGCUUCUACUCGCAAGGUUGUUGUCUUCUUUUAGCUAUAAUUAGCUCUCGUUUUAGUAAUAUUAAUGGCAGUAUUUGAACUACAUCCAACCCCUUGGAGCUAAAACAGGAGUGACAUUUUAUUGCACACAUGAGGAUAUGCCAUCUGAUUUUGUAACAUUCUGUCGCAAAGUUAAGUUCGUGGUUUCGCCAGGAGAGGAUGAACUGGCUUUUCCCCCCGUCCAAAGGCUCUGGACCGCUCCCUCCUCUGAACAGUCUACAGCAACAAAGACAGCGGCAGAUCGAGUCACUCAAAGCCGCUCACCCCAGCCUUGCAGAGAUCCAGAAGGAUGUGGAGUACAGAAUACCAUUCACAGUCAACAACUCCACCAUUAAUGUUAAUAUUCUGCUGCCUCCUCAGUUUCCUCAGGAGAAGCCAGUGGUUAGUGUCUACCCCCCUGUGGGUCAUCAUUUAGUUGACGGCAAUAAUGGCACCAUAAUCACAAGCUCCCUCAUCACUAAUUUUGGGAUGCACUCAGAUCUGGGGAAGGUCAUUCAGAGUUUGCUGGAUGAGUUCUGGAAAAGUCCUCCUGCCCUGAUGCCUUCUGGUCCCACUGGCUUUCCAUACAUGUAUAAGCCAUCGGGCAUCGGCUCUUACCCCACUCAGGCUUUCCACUACGGUCCCCGACAUGUUGGUCCCAGUCAGACGCCACCUCCUGGUCAAGGCCCAGCUCCCACGCCUCACCAAGGGGUGGAUAGUGCUCAUGGGCCCCCUCGAGCUCCAGCCCCAUAUGGACUGAUUUCAGACCUGCCACUGCCUGUACCUACUGGAGACUCACAAGCUGGACUGAAUGGUCAUAUGUACAGGAUGCCCGAGAUUCCCGAGUCUUUUCCUGAACUCUGUGACUUGAAUCUGACCCAGUUGUCGGAAAUGUCUGAAAACGAGGAUGUGUUACUGGAGUUCUUUGUGAGUUUGCCACAGCUAAAACAGGUCGCCGGUGAUAAAGAAGAGUUAGUCACCAGUAUAGUGGACAUGGCUCAGAAAAACCUUCAGAUGGAGCCACAGCUGGAAGGAAAGAGACAGGAAAUACUCUCUAAGUAUGAACAGCUGACUCAAAUGAAGUCAGCCUUUGAGACAAAGAUGCAGAGACAGCAUGAACUCAGUGAGAGUUGCAGUCUUAGUACUUUACAGGCUCGAUUAAAAGUUGCAGCCCACCAGGCAGAAGAGGAAUCAGAGGAGACUGCAGAAAACUUCCUGGAGGGACAGACAGAUAUAGAUGAGUUCCUGGCCAGCUUCAUGGAGAAGAGAACACUAUGUCACAGCAGAAGGGCCAAAGAGGAGAAGUUGCAACAGUCAAUCAACAUACAUGGACAGUUUCCUACCGGCCACUAGAAGCCAACUGCGGCCAACUGAAAGUAUAAAGACAGAGUGGAUGACAAGCACACUGAGUCGAUAUUGAGCACUUUGGAGAAAUAGGAAGACAGUGGUGGGAUUAAAAAAAGAAGAACCCCUCUGAGCUCCGAAAAAGAGUUGGAUCAUGUGCAUAAAGAAGGGAGAUGCUACCGGAUCACCACAUGGGAGACCAAAACUGAGAGAACGACUGAUACAUGCCUAGCUGUUCAACCACAUUACUGACCGUUCACAUUGUGGGUAAUUUUUAUUGCACAUUCAGUUUUUUUUCCUCAGUUUUGAUUGAACAGUGAUGACAAGGAGUUUUGUUUCCACAAUCUGUGACACAUUGAGUGCACCUGAUCUGAAUGGUUGGUGAUGUGACUGUAGAAAGUACAAAUUGCUUAGGACAGUAUUCUCAGUCUUACAGUUUUCCUUGCAGUCAGCAAGCACACAUCCCUGUAAAUUCUGUUGAAUUGCUAACGUUGGUGUCGGAACCUCCAGGCACUGGAUCAUGGUCCAGUCCUUUUGCUUUAUUAUCCCAGGAAGGCCCCAUUCUUACUGGACAGGCUUGAAGAGGAACUUUUGCUUUUUAUUUGGAGUGGCUAUUAUACAUUUCUGUUUGUAAUUUUAAAAAACAAAUCUGGGAUUUGAUUCUUUAUCCAGUUGGUGCAUUUUUCCCUUGAGUAUUGUCUUUAAUACAGCCUAAAUAUCAGUGUAUGUGCAAAGCAGGAAUAAUUUGAUUAAAUGUAUUAAGGCAGUACUCUCAUUCCACCUUAAAAUUAAUCCACUGUAUGGUGUUAGAAAUUUGUUUUAGAGUCAAGAUAAACCAAAUAGCCUGCCAGUUGUUGGUAGUUAUUCAUUUCAUUAGCACAGAAAACAAAGACCAAUGAAUACCCUUUAUUUUUCUUCUCUUAUUUUAUGGGCCACAGAUUUUUCCUCUUUAUUACACACAUUUUUUCAGACAUUGACCAACAAACAAAUAACUUAAAGUCAGGUUAUGGGGAAACUGGGGUACUAUAGACCUUGGAAGCUGUUUAAUCACUAUUACCCUAAUUCUGUGCUGUUCACCAUAAUCAAAUUAUUUGUGUGGAUGUAAAGACACUGAUCCUGCUUCACUCUGAUAAGCAACGUUAUGAUAACUAUUUUAUGAUUCCUUUUGAACUUGAAAUGUUUGAAGACAGAAGGUUUGGGAUAAUGUUCUGGAGUAUUAGGUUAAAUGCUGUGGAAAAUCCAGAUGACUUUGGAUACUGUAUUUAAAUGUUAAUAAUAGGCUAUAUUGUAAUCAAAGACCGAGACACCUUGUAUUAUAUGUUCUUAUUUAAUUUGUUAAAAUAAUAAAGGAUUUAGAAUAAAAUUGUUGU